AUGGAAAUCCUCUUCAAGUCGAGCGGAGUGGCCAAGUCGAACCCUUCAAUUAGAGCUUCGAAAUCCAAAAGCUCCGGAUUCGCUUAUAAACCCAAAAACUCGAGCUUUUGUUGGUAUUAUUACCUGACGAAUGCGAGACCUCACAGUAGGGAUUGUUCACUUAUCCCCAAUUUUCCUCUACUCGGCCUCCGAAAAAUUCCCCAUCUCGAGGGCCAGGGCGUGGUCGUGGGCCUGACGGCGGAGAACGUCCGGGAUGAGCUCCGCCUCCGCCUGGGGUUUGCGGUGGGAAAGGCGCCGCCGUCGGGGAUGGAACCGGUGAGUGGUUGUUCGUCGGGGAUCUUGGAGGUGGGUCCGGCGCCGUCGUCCUCCAUCGCUCGGCGCAGAGGCUCGACAAAUUGCAGAAGUCUUAGCUCUGGAAAGGAGUUAGGGAAAGAGAGGAACCCUAGCGCCAGAAAAAUCGAGAGCUCUGUUGCCUGUGGGGAGAGCCGUGAGUCGAUCGCACUUUGUCUGAAACCGGAAGCAACUUGCUGUAGCCGGUUGUAA